AUGAUGGAAGAUGCUGAGAGAAAGCAGCGGCGUAAGCUGCAAAACAGGAUCAACCAACGAGCUCGCCGAAAUCGCAUGAACAAUGGUGACACAACAAAAACUCGCGUCAAGCAGCAAAGGCCGACAUUCGGAGUCAAGCUCUGGAGGGUGGAUGAAUUCGGUCUGGAGGCCGGAGCCGACAAUGAUGAAUCCUCCAUCACUAAGCAAGACCCGAGAUUGUUUCUUACCACUAUAUACAAGGGCACAUUGAGCACCGCAGAUGUUGAAUUAUACAGCCAGCAGCUCGACAUGCAUCAACGUCUACGGGCAUUGACGGGCGGGGCGUCUCCUCUCUCGGACCAUCUUCUGUAUCUCAUAAACUACAAUGCUUUCCGAGGGCUUUUUCAGAACAAAGUAACCCUCUCACAGGUGACGGAUCAUCUUGUACUUGUAGAGGGUCGGACUGAGAAACUGGAUGUCAUGGUUGGCUUAAAGCGCGAUGCUAUUUGUGUCGAGACAGGCCUAGAUGUACCGCCUCAUCUUCGUCCUACAGCCCUGCAAUCAACAAGGGUACAUGCAACCUGGAUCGAUUUCAUUCCGUUUCCGAAGAUGAGAGACAAUCUUAUCAAUCACCAUGAUCAUUUCAAUCAUCGACUACUUGUCACUGACAUAAUGGGAGAUCUACUGGAAGACAUCAUGUUCAGCAAAUAUGGAGAGGGCACUGGGCCAAGAGGACGGCGACUUGUGUCAAGAGGCAAACAUUGCGACUAUGCUUCAGAUCGGCGUGGCAUGAUUAUCUGGGGAGAGCCGCAUCGUAUGGAGAGCUGGGAGGUGACGCCUCGGUUUCUGGAAAGAUGGGGAUGGGCUGUCGAAGGAUGUCCCGAGCUGAUGAGGGCAACUAAUCAUUGGAGAGCGUUAAGAGGUGAAGUCCCAUUGGUGUUUGAGAGGCAAAACAUAGGACAAGUCGAAAAUCUGGAGUAA